GACACUUGUGGACCAAAUGGGAGGUUUAGAUCAUCUCGAACUGAAGGCAGUGAGACUGCUGCCAACUCUUCUCUGAGUGUUGUCUCAAUAACUGAGGAUCUCAAUGGAACAAUGGUGGAAUGUAGUGAUGCAAUAAUAUUGCUGACAUCAUUGGCUCUAAGACCAUAUGCAUUCUAGGAAAUGCAAAAGGUGUGCAAGUUCUCUCAGCCACCAUCUCGGAGAGAGAUGUGGGAGGAGGAGAAGAGUGUGUGGUGAGUGUGGAGUGGAGUGAGGCCAUCGUCAGUUGUGCUGGAACUGUGUCUCAGUAUGUGUUGACCCUGACUCCACCCACCUCUGAUUGCCAGUCAUCUGGAGACUGUAUGGUCAUGGGUGGUAGUUCAGUCAUCACCACACCUGGUACUCAGACCCAGUAUAGUCUCACUGUGACUAGUCAGGACUAUGACAUCACCGUCAGAGCUGAUACAUGUGAUGGAUCACUGACUGGAGACACCAGCUCUGUGUACAAAAUUAACCUGACGGGAAACUUGACGUCUUGCAGUGCUCUCUACAUGUAUAAUCCAGUUGAUGGGUCACUGAGAGCCAUUGAAGUCAAUUGGACACCAAUAUCGCGGAACAAUCCAGGAGGGCCAGAGUACACAGUGGUGAUAGACGAUGGUGUGGGGUCUAGAGUGAGGGAGAGAGUGGGAGCUGUCAACUGUAGCUCCACUCAAUGCAGCCACACCUACUACCCAGCAGCCGGCAGUAGAGGGGAGUUUGGAGUGUCUGUGGAGACUGCUGGCUGUGUGACUAGACAGACAGUGUGUCUGGAGAGACCAGUCUAUUGUUCAUUGGGGGACUUGUGUCCCUCUCUGGUUGAGGAGAACAGAGUGUGUGGGUCAGUGAGUGGUGGUGGGGUGUGUUACAGUGGAGACAGUGUAGGAUCAGUGGCAGUCUACUUCUGUGAUGAUGGCUAUAGUCUAGAGGGAGACACUACCAGAGAAUGUCUGUCUAGUGGCCUCUGGAAUGGAACCACUCCUCAAUGUGUGGAGAUAAUCAAUGAGUGCAAACCAGAAGAAUCUCCAGAAAAAGACGACAGUCAAACUACAACAGUGGUUGCCAGCAUUGUUUGCAGUCUUGUGUUUCUAACUAUUGGAGUUCUACUGGGAGUGGUGGGACUGUACCUCAUACAGAGAGUGAGGGGCAGGUCGUCUGGCCCCACCUCCUCCUCUCCCCCUCCCCUCCCUCCACCAGUCACCUAUGAGGAGGUGGGUGUGGCAAGAGAAGUCAAGAGUUCACAAGACAUUCAGCUGACCUCCAAUGAGGCAUAUGGUCCUAUAAACAAGGACAACAUUCCCACCUCUCGCAACACUGCUUAUGGACAAGUGCAGCUGUGAUGUAGCUAUAAAUACCAACAUGUGAACAUUCAGUACGAUUGUAGCUUAUCCCCGUAAUUGCUUCUUAGUCGAGUUGAAAAACA